UCUUCCCACGUGGUCGGCUCAGUGCUGGUUCCGGGGCCCGCAGCCCCCAUCUGGAACGGGGUCGCUGUUGGUGGCUUCGGACACGACGACGACGACCAGGAGGUUGGAGGCUUGCGAAGAUGUCGACCACGCAGAUCAAAGAGGAGAACACCGCCUUCGUCCCGCUAAUCCACGACAUCAUGAAGAGCAUGGAGAGAGACAACCAAGAGGUGCAGCAGGAGCUGAGUCGGCUGAAAUCGCGGAUUCAGGAGCUGCGCGAGACUGUCGCUGUGAUGCCAGGGAUCGACCUGAGCCCAGAGGAGCAACAGAGAAGACUGCAGCACCUCCGUGAACAAGUCCACAUAAAGAACCAGCUGCUGCAGAAAUACAAAACCCUCUGCAUAUUUGAUAAUUCUAAGUGACUUCAUCUCGUCCAAGUAUUAGGUGCAGUCCAGAAGAGGAGUGGAGAAAGCUGCAGAAUUAUUGCUAACAGGUCCGCAUAAAGAACCAGCUGCUGCAGAAAUUCAAACCCAUCUGCAUAUUUGAUGACGCUAAAAGACUUACAGUUUUCCCUGCAGGAAAAAAAACGUCAAUAUUGCCUUACAUGACUUUGAAAGGGCAGGAUUUGUGAAGGCGAUGCAGAUGUUGGCUGACUGACGCCUUGCUUGUUCAUGUAGUUAGUUAUCGAAAGGUGUUUAUUUUGUACAACGUGGGUAACUUGUGUAAAUAAAGAUGAUAUAAGUUAACGUUCA